AAAACUGAGUCGUUUGUGGUCCAACAGUGGUCACAAAUGCUCGAUUGUUAUAACAUUCUUCAUGGAACAGUCUCUGGCCAGUGGAAGAAUUCAGCUGACAGAUGACCGCUAAAAUGGGGGAAUGAAUUGUCUAGACACACGAUCAUUGUUAGCCAGCCAGUCCAAUAAAAGCCUACCAUGGAGCCUACUGUGUGCUAAGUGAUAGAUUUGGUCAUUCUGUACAUUUUGAGGCAGGAAGAAUAUAAAAGGGAGCACAUUUAAGUAGCAGCAGCCAUUGAGACAUUUUACUUACUGGACACAAAAAGAAUAUAAGUGCGGGUGCUUAUACAUGAUGCCUCACUGAAUUUUACCACUCAUUCAGUCUUCACCUGGAGAUCCUUCGAGAUACAUCAUGUGGUAAUGAUCAUUGGACAACAUGGCCCACAGAAUCCAUAGCUCUUGGCUUACACUCUUCUCCAUGAUGGCCUUUGCCUUCAUUAACCUCUGCAGUGGUGCCCCCAAUCCACAUCAAAGGGAGAUGCUGAAGCGACAGGAGGCCUCCAGGCAGACAGGGGGCAGUGUGACUCUGACUCCGAGGGAGCUGCAGCUGAGCGCAUAUCUGCACAAAUUGAAGGUGAAGGAGAUGGCAUCUGUUCCAUUCCCUCCUUCCAUGCAUUACUUCAAGGCACGGCCAUUCAUUCAGCAGAGUGCUAUCUUUAAACUUCUUCGGAAAAUGCCAAAAGGCGCAGCGCUCCACGUGCACAGCUCGGUCCUGGCCAGCGCCGAGUGGCUGGUGAGGAAUGUCACCUAUAGGCCCCAUUGUUACAUCUGCUUCGCGUGGGGCGGCUCAGUGCGGUUCCUGUUCUCAGACGGGCAGCCCUACCCACGCUGGGAGUGCCUAUACUGGCAGCUGCUGGAGAGCCUGAGAGCCGGCAUGGCCAACCCUGACGAGUUUGACAACAGCCUGGUCCGCAACCUCACCCUCUUUACUGAGGACCCAGAGGCAGCGUACCCAAGUCAGGAAUCUGUGUGGGCGAGGUUUGAUGAUGCUUUCCUUGCCAUCUCUGGACUGGUCACCUAUGCACCUGUGUUUAGAGACUACCUUUACCAAAGCCUAGAAGAAUUCUAUGGAGACAAUGUUAUGUAUCUUGAGAUUAGGAGUGGUUUGUCAAAGACUUAUGAGCUUGAUGGCAGCAUCCAUGACAAAGUUUGGUCCCUAAAAGCCUAUCAGGAUGUGAGUGCAAAGUUUUCAGCCGAACAUCCAGACUUCCUGGGCAUACGGAUCAUACUAUCUAGCCACAGGAUUCAGAGUGUAUCUAUGAUCAAGGCUGCUGUCAUGGACGCUAUUGAAAUGCAAAAGAAUUUCCCAGAACUCAUUGCAGGCUUUGAUUUGGUGGGAAGGGAGGAUGAUGGAAGGCCUCUCUGGUACUUCAGGGAGGCACUGUCUCUCCCUGCUGAUCUUGGAGUCAAUCUACCCUACUAUUUCCAUGCAGGAGAGACUGACUUGGAGGGCACAGAUGUGGAUGCCAACUUGUUAGAUGCCCUGCUGUUCAACUCUAGUCGGAUUGGGCAUGGUUAUGCACUGCCUCACCAUCCUCUGGUCAAAGAGCUUUCCAGAAAGAAAGGUGUGGCUGUGGAAGUAUGUCCCAUAUCCAACCAGGUGCUAAAGCUUGUCUCAGAUAUGCGGAAUCACCCUGCUGCAGUUCUUAUGACCGAAGGUCAUCCAGUCGUCAUCAGCUCUGAUGACCCCACUCUGUUUGGGACCAGUGGACUCUCCUAUGACUUCUACGAGGCCUUUGUUGGGAUUGGCGGUUUGAGUGCUAACUUGGGCACCCUAAAAGAACUAGCUAUGAACUCAAUCAAGUACAGCUCCCUGUCCCCAGUGUUAAAGAAGGCAUUGUUGGACAUGUGGCAGAAGAAGUGGGACAAAUUUAUCUCUGAUCAAUGCCAAUAAAGACCCAUAUCUGCUAUGAUCCUCUGUCUUUCAAAAACCUCUUCAUGAUCUUUUUUGUAAUGAAAAGCAGAAGACAGACUUUCACAUUAAAAUAUUACAGUAGUGUUUACUUCCAUUAUAUAAUUUAUACAGAUGAUAGCUUAUUACUUUUUUGAUAAAAUAAUGUAAAUAAAUAUCUUACAUUCA